AUGUAUAUAGUGCAUAACAAGGAUUUGAAAUUGGAUGGUAAAAGUGCAACGCAGCUCAACGGUUAUGGUGGUUUUAACAUUGCCGAACUACCGUUCUUCUCAAUUUCACGUUUGCUAUUCUUGCAACACUUUAACGGUAUCAUCGCUUGUGCCAGUCUACGUGGAGGAAGUGAGUAUGGCGAGAAGUGGCAUGAGGCUGGUAUGCGUCAUCAGAAACAAAACGUUUUCGACGAUUUUAUUGCAGCUGCUGAAUUCUUGAUCAAAAACAAAUAUACCUCACCAGAGAAACUAUGCAUUCAAGGUGGAUCAAAUGGUGGUCUUUUAGUGGCCGCAUGCUCACAACAACGUCCGGAACUCUAUGGCGCCGUUAUAAAUCGUGUUGGUGUGCUGGAUAUGUUACGCUUCCAUAAGUUUACUAUUGGUGGCGCAUGGAUACCCGAAUAUGGCAAUCCGGACAAAGCUUCAGAUUUUCCGUAUAUUUAUCAAUAUUCACCUCUACACAACAUCCGUAUGCCUCCGAAUGGUGUUCAAUGGCCAUCCACAUUACUGAUGACGGCAGAUCACGACGAUCGCGUGGUACCAUCUCAUUCUCUGAAAUACAUAGCGCAGUUAUAUGAGGUGGUACAUAAUGCGAGUGGUGUACAACGUAAUCCGAUACUUAUCCGUGUGGAAGUGCGUGCUGGCCAUGGUUCUGGUAAACCAACAUGUAAAGUGGUGAGUUUGUUUGAAAGAGCAAUUUUAUUUCAUAUUUCGCACUCGUUGUCAAGAAUGUCAAGAAUUCCAUAA